UUGGCCGGACCCCGGGUGUGGGGGCGACCUGGGCCGGCGUGCCUCGGAAAAUAUAAGCCUGUGUGAGUGGCGACUGAUUAGCCAGAGGCUCGGGACGGAGAGUAGUGGCGAGAGUGCCCCGUGGUGACGAGAGGAACGUGCGCGUCGCCGUCAGGGAGAGAGACGACGUCGCCGUCGAAUCGCUCAGGUCCGCACACCACAGUCUUCCAAGGUCUGCCGGCGAAUAAUCGGCAGGCCCGACUACACGGCGCAUCUUGUCGCGCGCGCGAGUUAACGCCGCUUAAAACUAAUCAAAAUUAAUCAUAACCCGGGUUAACAAUUGAUCGCAAUUGCCGCGUUCUAUUAAGGACGACAAUCGGGCGAUCGGGCGACGACGCUUUUUCCUUCUUCCCGACCGAGCAGGAAGCGGUGAAAGAAUCACAGAAGAAAGAAAGAGAAAGAGAGAGAGAGAGAGUCGUCCGAUGACAAGCGCAGUUGAUAUAUCCAAGUGUGAGGCGCGGAUUCUUAAUUAAAUCAAAUUGGUCAUCACCUUGACUGACGAGGAUGUAAAUCGACGAAGACAAUCCGGAAGAUACUUCAUCGCGAUUAUAACGGAAGUGGUCUGUGAUAUUCGCCGCACAUUCGAUUAAGAUCCGGAAAUUGAAAUCAACGUGUAAUAAAUUAGAAGUCAAUACGCGCUAAUUGCGGAAUGGACAUAGUUUCUUUUUGAAAGUCUCUUCAUAUAUAAAGUUUAUGAACGUUUAAGUGCUGAAGACUAUGAAGAAACGCAUUUGAACUUUGUAUACUCGGUGCGUUUGAUCGAUUCUUGAGAUUUUCUGUGAAGAAAAAAUAGAAAAGAUCUAGUGUCAAGAUGGACGGCGAUCCUUCGUGGGCCGAUCCGAUCUUCACGGAUUUUGGGACGCGCGGAGGUACAACCGGAGCUCACAGUAUCCAGGUGAUGUUGAGUCUGCACGGGAACGGCGGUCAUCACGGAAGCGGCGAUCUGAUGCCGACCGGUGGUGGUCAGCUUCACAAGCUCGACUCGUCCAACAGUCCGUCGCCGCAUCAUCAACACCAUCUGCAGCAACAGCAGCAGCAGAAGGAGCUGAAGGAGCUCGAGUUGUCCGGCAUGUACGCGACUCUGCCGCAAACUCAAGACGUUACCACUUCAACGUCCACCAGUGUCACGCCGACUUCGACGAGUCUGCAACAAGGUCUGCAACUUGGUAACGCGCUCAAGAGAAAACCGGACGAUCCGAUCAACGCGCUCGCGCCAGUCAGCAGCGAAGCGCAGCCCCCGGCCAAGAAAGAUUCGAAGAAGAAGAAUGACAACAAUAACAUCAAGAAGAAAAAGACGAGAACGACUUUCACGGCGUACCAGCUCGAGGAAUUGGAGCGGGCGUUCGAGCGGGCGCCUUACCCGGACGUUUUCGCGCGCGAUGAACUCGCGAUGAAGCUUUCCCUGUCGGAAACCCGGGUGCAAGUUUGGUUCCAAAAUCGCAGAGCAAAAUGGCGCAAAAAGGAGCCACCACGCAAAACCGCUGGUUACAUAGCCGCAGGUUCCGCUAGUCCCGGUCUAUCAGGUUCCUUCACGUCGCUUAACAACACCCUAAAUCCGUUUGCGUCAACGACAACCGCAGCGGCGCCGCCGGACGCGUGGGCGACGUACUCGCCGACGUAUGAUCUGGGACCGCAUCUGAAUCUACUCAAUCCGUCGAACUCGCCGUACUCGACCGCGGCGGGUUUCGCCAACAACGGCAGCGUUUCGUACUCGUCGUACGCGAGCAUGUUGCCUACGCAGCAUGACGCCUCGCUAUUCUCGACGCAAGCUGCUGCCGGCAACACCAUGCGUGUUCACCAGGACUACAUACCCAAUCCCGGCGGCGGCGGCAGCCCCCAGCCACCCAGCGGUCCGCUCAGUCGCGCCGACUAUCAGACCAUGGUGACGACGCACUCGCCACCCACCCAUCUGGGUAGCUCUAUGUCCGAGGACGAGCACGGAGGUUGUCUGGCGGAGAAAUACGCUCACGAGCAGAGCGCGGCCGACUACGGUCAGCAACAGCAACCACCACCUGAUCAGAAGGACUACGGCAUGCAUUCGCCUCAGACACGCCAGGCUAUGAAGGACCAAGUGAUGGUCAAGAGCGAGCCCGGUAGCCAGCAGAGUUACGUACAGCUGCCUCCUUUUCUGCUCACUGACUCGCGGCCUCCUCCGCUCUAAAUCGUUGUCCUUAGAUGCCUUCUGUCACUUGUCCAGGUCUCACAACGAACGCGAAGAGUAUUAGAGUCUGGACAGUGCCAUUUCGGUUGAACUCGGCACCAGAAUAUUUAUAUAAAAUUUAUUAGCUCUUUUUCAUCUUAAAAUAUAUAUUGCAGAGAGAGAGAGAGAGAGAAAGCAUGGAAUUAUUAGCAAACAUAUACACAAAGCAUUUGAAAACAAAAUUCCGUGAAUAUCAUUACUUGGAUACACUGAAGAAAACUAAAAAGAGUAUUUUUUUAAUGCUGUAUUAUUAACGUGUUCAUGAAUCGUCGAUGCGAUUUUGACAAGCAUAAUCUUCUUGGUAGCUGGUUCUCCUUUCCAAAAACCAGGAUGUUUUUGAGCAAGAGUCGUAUAUAAGUUUCAUUUAUCAACAAAUAAUAUGAUACCUACUUGCUAAACUCUUGAGAACUCUUGUAACUCCCUUCAAGCGACAUCUUAUGAUAAUUACCAACUCUCGAUUUAUUCUGUUCUCUCUGAUUCUUCUCUGGAUAUGUUUCACUGGGGCGAUCGUAGGCGGGGUCUAAAUAGGUCGCUUGUCGCGGGUCGCAGAUAUUUCGCGGAGUUGAUCGAUCGCAGUGGUCAAGAGAAUAUGUGACAUUUUAUUAAGAAGUUUUUUUUUUCAAAAGAAAAACCUUCUUUUAAGUUUUGUUUAGAUAAAGAGAGAAAGCGACAAAUUAUUAGAAUUGUAAAACCCAUCAUAACGAGAUUUUCCGUGCCUUGUGAAUAAUAAAUACAGUGCCUUUGUAUUCAAUGAGAGAAAGAGUAUGUGUGUGUGUGUGUGUGUGAUGUCUGAGAGAAUUUCGAAAUAUUUUUGCUUUGUAUCUCGUAAAAUGUAUCAUGUAAAAAAAAUAUUUGUAUAAUCUUAAUGAGAUAAUCUUGCCUUAUAUCAUAUUCACUUUUUUGCAAAAAUAAUUUGUAAUAAACAAAGAAUGACGAAAUUAAAUCAACACGUACACAUUUUCGCAUUUCUCUGCGCUUUCCCCUUUAAUCUUAAAAUCGUAUAUACAGUCUUAAAGUAGUAUAUACGCAUACUACUGUGCAUGUAUAAUACAAUAAAUAAUAUACACUGUU